UCAGGUGGAAGAUGGGACCGUUCCCCUUGUGUUUUAGGUGACUCUGACACCUGGUUACCAUGAACUCCUGAAGGAGGUAGAGGGACAGUAGUGGGAAUUUCUUCUCACUCCUCCAAAAAAAUCCAACAAUUGCCUAAUGGGAUUACCUCUUAUCCUGACGUCAUGGGGAGCUGCUGCAGUUGUCUGUGCAGAGACAGCAUCCCAGACAACCAUCCCACCAAAUUUAAGGUAACGAACGUGGAUGAUGAAGGUAACGAGCUGGGAUCUGGGAUUAUGGAGCUGACACAGACGGAGCUCAUCUUGCACACUCACAAGAGAGAUGCUGUCAGGUGGCCCUACCUCUGCCUGCGCCGCUACGGCUACGACUCCAACCUCUUCUCCUUCGAGAGCGGCCGGCGCUGCCAGACGGGGCAGGGGAUUUUUGCCUUCAAGUGUUCCAGAGCGGAGGAGAUCUUUAACCUGCUUCAGGACUUGAUGCAGUGUAACAGCAUUAAUGUAGUGGAAGAGCCUGUUGUCAUCACCAGGAACAGUCACCCCACGGAGCGGGAGCUCUCCCGGACCCCCCAGGCACCCAACAGUCUGGGGUACACCGUCCCAGGAUUUCCCAACGGAUUUCACAGCUUCCCUGGAGAAACCCUCUCGUACCCUGCAGCCCGGCACCCCUCCGUGAGCAGCCUGAGGCAUUCUUCUGUGGGUGAAGACUCUACUCAUCCCCUCAUUGGGCCUGAUGAGCAGUCCCACACCUACGUCAACACGGCCAACGGCGACCAGGAGCUGAGGGGCCGCCACUGUAUGCACUCCUUGCCUGAAGUCCACCCUCCUUUCCCCCAUAGGAACCACAGCUGCUCCCUGGAAGACCGCAAUCCCCAGGUUUUUCUGCAGCCGGGGGAGGUUAAGUUCGUGUUGGGUCCCACGUCCAGCUACAGGCGCGUGUGUCGGCACCAGCGGGAGUGCAGGGCCCACUUCUGCUCCCCCAACAACAACAACAACGAGUGUGAGGAGGAAUGUCCUUCCCCCCAGUGCGUCUACGAGAACGUCAACGGCUUGUUGCCCCCCAGCACCUCCUCCCUCUGCCGAGGCGGGCGCUUGAAGCUCCUCCGGGAGGACGCGGGCUGCUCCCAUCGCAGGCCGGCCUUGCUGCACUACGAGAACUUGCCCUCUCUGCCCCCCGUGUGGGAGUGCCAGCCCCUCCGGCACGGCCAGGAGGACGCGGGCGCCGGGGACACCUUGACGCCUUCCCCCAACGGUUACUCCGAGGCCGGUGAAGAAGAUCCCCUGCAGAACUACAUGAACUCGGAGAACACGGCGCUGCACGGGGGCGGCAGCCAGCGACGCAGCGGUUUCCUGCCCAAGCCCCGUCGGCCCUGCAUGCCCAGCGUCUUCAGCUUCGACUUCCCUCGGCCCUGCCCGGAGCAGCCGCGGCAGCUCAACUACAUCCAGGUGGAGCUGGAGGCUGAACCCUGCAAGGGACGUCAGAACCCACCAGUCCCCCGUGUGCCACCUCCCGUCCCCCCCGAAGCCCGCCGGACGGACUCCUACGCGGUCAUUGACCUCAAAAAGACAGCGGCCAUGUCCAGUUUGCAAAGGGCCCUGCCCAGGGAUGAUGGGACUUCAAGGAAAACUCGACAUAACAGCACUGACCUGCCUCUGUGAGGAGGGGGAACGCCAAGUGCAAGCACUGUGUCGUGGCUUCGGGACCUGCCCUUCAGUGUGUUGCCCGGUGUGGCUUCCAUUUGCCAUUGCCUUCUGCUCCCCUGGUUACCCCAUUACCUGGUGUCAUGGGAAGGCUCCUACAGCUGAUGUUAAGGCUUGUCUGUCUGUCUGUCUGUCUGUCUUCCCCUCUCCGUCUCUCCCGUGUAGGUCGUUUUUAAAGCCAUUUGGGAUGUUUGAUGGUGCUGUUUGAAGGUUAAAUUUCCGGCGAAAGGGGCAGAAGGUGCCAGCGAGAGCACCAGCACUGGGUACAGCCUCAGAUCCUGUCAGCUCUCCUGGGCACCCGGCGGCUCCGUGAGCGGUGCCAGCAGCCUGGCUGCAGAGGCAGGGCAGUAGCGUGGUGGGGGCCUGUUUCCAAAAGUGAGUUGCUUUAGGAGCUCCAAAUCAAGCCCACUCCCGUGGAUUUCAUGCCUUGUGACUCCAGAUGAGCCCUCGUUUCGGGGUUUUGCCAGUCUGUGAUGACUUAGGAACUCACGCUGCGGUCUUUUCCCCCUCAACUCCUUCCUUUCUCCUGUCUUCUCGAAGCUCAUUGAGGCUUUUUAUACUUCUGUCCCUUUCUCAGUUUAAGAUUUAAAUUGGGCAACUCUAGAAAUUAACAGAGGAGGACAGAGAGCCAUGGGCACGGCCACUGUGAUCACAUAAACCCGAUUUCCUGAAGAGACCCCACUUUAAAAGAGGAGGGGAAGACCGCAGCUACAAGAGAGAUUUGAAGUUUGAUAUAGAAAACUUCAGUCCUACCCUAUCCUGUUUUGAUUUUUAAGGGUUCUUUUUCGGUGGCUGUUCAGAAGUGCUCUUGAUUUAUUUAUUUGUUUACUUAUUUAUUUAUUAAAUGGGGUGGGUUUUGGUUUGUUUUUUUUUUUUUUGCAUCCCAGUGGUAAUUGCCAAAACUGGUGCCAAUAUGAAACGUGCACUCGCUGUGGCUCACUCCUCCGGUCUGGGGAACGGAUCUCGGAAGAAGUUGGUGGCUUUGCUGAGCUGCAGUUGGGGAGAAGAGAAUCCAAAAUGUUUUGAAGUGGGACUGAUUG